AUGCGCCGCUUCAGCUCCAACACAUUGACCCGCCGCUUGGCCGGCGAGCUCUCGGAGAUCAAGGCCGCGGGCACGUACAAGUCGGAGCGCGUCAUCACGUCGCCGCAGGGCGCGUCGAUCGUCGUGGCCGACAAGGGCGUGCUCAACUUCUGCGCCAACAACUACCUCGGCCUCUCCAACCACCCGGAGGUCGUGGCCGCGGCCAAGAAGGCGCUUGAGACGCAUGGCUUUGGCCUGAGCUCCGUGCGCUUCAUCUGCGGCACGCAGGACAUCCACAAGGAGCUCGAGGCGGCGAUCGCGCGCUUCCACGGCACGGACGACACGAUCCUGUACCCGUCGUGCUUUGACGCGAACGCCGGUCUCUUUGAAGCCAUCUUGAACAACGAAGAUGCGAUCAUCACGGACGAGCUCAACCAUGCGUCGAUCAUCGAUGGCAUCCGCCUCUGCAAGGCCGAGCGCCACCGCUUCAAGCACAUGGACUUGAAGGACCUCGAGGCCAAGCUCGAGGCGUCCAAGCACUGCCGCACGCGCCUCAUCGCGACGGACGGCGCGUUCAGCAUGGAUGGCGACGUUGCGCCGCUCAAGGGUAUCUACGACCUUGCCCAGAAGCACGACGCCCAGGUGUUCAUCGAUGAGUGCCACACGACGGGCUUCUUUGGCGCCACGGGUCGCGGCACGGACGAGUACUUUGGUCUCCGCGGCAAGAUUGACAUCAUCAACUCGACGCUCGGCAAGGCGCUUGGCGGCGGCACCGGUGGCUACACGACCGGUCGCCAGGAGGUCAUCGACACGCUCCGCCAAAAGUCGCGCCCGUACCUCUUCUCCAACUCGGUCUCGCCCGUCGUCGUCGGCGCGUCGCUCAAGGUCUUUGAGAUGCUCGAGAGCUCGAGCGAGUACGUCGAGCAGAUCCGUGACAACACGCACCACUUCCGCGACCGCAUGGCCGCCGCUGGCUUCAAGCUCACGGGCGCCCGCGACCACCCGAUCGUGGCCGUCAUGAUUGGCGAUGCGCGCCUCGCGUCCAAGCUCGCCGAUGACAUGCUCGAGCAGGGCAUUUACGUCAUUGGCUUUAGCUACCCGGUCGUGCCCAAGGGCCUCGCCCGCAUCCGCGUCCAAAUGUCGGCGGCGCACUCGCGCGCGCAGGUCGACAAGUGCAUUGACGCCUUUAUCGCGUGUGGCAAGGCCAACGGCAUCAUCCAGUAA